CCCCACCUUCUAGAUACACCACUGACUAAGCAUGAGUUGAUGGUUGAACUUGUAAGGCACUAGUGGCUGUUUUUGUUGACAUGAUUCAACUCAAAAAUGGCAGAAUAAAUUUCCAAAGGUUUCACCAACAACCAUGUCUUCAUUGAAGGGGAGAAAGCUUUUGGAAAAUAUAAAAUAUUUCAGUCAAACUUAUAAACUGCUGCUGUCAACAUUCUCAUAAAACAAAUCCCAAGCACUUAUCAAUGAUGAUGCUCACCUCGGCCAUAUGCACCAGAGGCAGAUUCAUGAAUUUAAAAUGGAAGGGGUGGAGGGCCUUGAGGUGGAAGUUAUAGAUGGGUCCAACCAUGGAAUUUUAUACCUCCAUGGUCCAGCCUACCUGAGCCCCAACACAGUUUGUUUUAAGCAUGGGUAAUGCCAAAUUUUAUGUCUACAACACCUCUAAGGGUCUGGAAAUGCCAAUCUCAAACUUGAAUUUGAAUGCAGUUCUUUUGUUUUCCCUCAUAUUCUUUCAUAUUUAGUGGUCCCGGGCAAGCUAGGCCCCCAAGUCAACUAGGUCCCCAGGCCGGCUGGGCCCCCUUAAAUUCGCUUCUACGCACUGCCACAUAAUUAAAGGAACAAGCACUAUUUUGAAGACUUUAUGUCAGCACACAUAUACAGUAGUACAGUAUACCUUUAAUUUUGUGAUAUUAUUGUAAUAAUAGAUUAUUGCAUGGGGUGCGUUGGAUUCACUCGACAAGUAUACUCGCAAGUACCUGACACGCAUCAAAGACCGCCACCCUCAUCUGCAUAUGUACGUUUUUCAAAAUCUGGUAGAAAAACAAUUUGCAAGAAUAUUUGAGAUGGAAUCAGGAUUAGCAAGAGCAACGAGCACGUGGAUAUCAACUGGAUGGUUGACGCUGUUACUCGCAAUUGGUCUGUGCGAUUCCAUCAAGGUUUACGGAAUGAUUGAUAAGGACUAUUGCAAGAGAAACCAAGACUCUGCUGUACCUUAUCACUAUUAUGAAGAUGGCAAGCUGAGCGAGUGUGAGAUGUACAAGUGGCAUGAUAAACACCACACAACGGGUCAUCCGUAUAUUAGAGAGGAAGUGAUCUUUCGACGUUUAGUCUCACUUUUCAAUAUUUCAUUCCAUCAUCCUAUGUGGAAAUUACAUAAUGUAGAUGUAUUUGAUACACCUCCUCGCAUUAGAAAUAAUCCGUUGAAGAGUUGAUAGAACACUACAUUAUUGUUGAACAGGAGAACUACUAAGAGAUUGAGGAUGCAUAGGAACAUGUUACUUUUACACUUGUAGGGAGCUACUGUACUUUGGUAAAGAGAGCUGGUGAGUGAUCUACCAGCUGUUGAAAAGCCACUGAAGGGUAGGAAUGCUGCUUAGGGAGAGGGCGCUACAGUAUUAUUAGGCAGAUAAUUGCUGUUGGUAGGAGAGAGCCUACCCAGGUGUAGACAAGCUAAGGAUUUUACCCAGAGACAGAAAAGCUACCCAAGGAAUGUGGAAACUACCAAGCAUUUGGAAAGCUUGCUCAGGGUUUGGUGAAUUCUCCAGGGGUAGGAAAGCUACCCAGGGGUAGGGAAGCUGCCCAGGGGUAGGGAAGCUACCCAGGUGGAGGGAAGCUACCCAGGGAUAGGGAAGCUACCCAGGGGUACGAGAGCUUCCAAGAAUUGUGGGAGACACUUAGAGUCAGGGGAAACUACCAAGAGGUUACAGUUUUGCACAACUAUUACUAUACCUCAUAAAUAUUAAUUAGGUAAUAUUUCAAUUUCAUUGGUCGAUUCCACUCAGUACGCAAAAUCAACUAUCACGUGCCUGGCUACGUGAAGCGUAUGCAACCUGUGUAUUUUCACCCUCAGUUUGAAAUGUAGACAAGCGGUUUGCUGUUUAAUAUUUUUUAGGUAUAGUAAACAAAAAAAAUACAACAGGGUAUUAUUUUGGUCAGUAAACUCCACUUCACCUCAAAGCAUGUUAUGUUUUAUAAUAUAAUCUUAAACUCAAAUAAACACAGUUAAACUUGCUUAUUAAUCGAAUCCGAAAUGCCAUUGAAAUAUUGUUUGACUUAGAUAAAAUUUGACUUUAUAGAUUGUCAAUUAAUGGAAAACAUAACAAUUUGGCAUAAAAAAAUUAAAUCGACUUAGGCAAGUUUAACUGUACAUUACUUUUUUUAUCUCAAAGAGUUCAGGCAAAAGGCCAACAUUAUAGUGUGUCUAAUUGCUCUAGAUGGUUAAUGCGUUCACUGCCAGCAACAAGUAUUCUCAUCCCAGGGGGUGUUGCUGAGGGCGCUACGCAUGACUAUACUCGUAAAAACCGGGGUAACAUUCUAGCGUUUAUUACUUCAUUGUUUUACAUUGUAGAACCAGAGACUGAACAGCUGAUAGUUUUGGGGAAGAUGCAUCUAGACAAUAAUGUACAAUUAUAUGUAUCUAUGUUUGUUGAGUUAUGUUCCUGGCUAAAGCUUUAGAUUGCUGAUUUAAAAGAACCAAUUAAAUUUACCUUUUAAUUAAACCAGGGAAGGAUUUAGGGGGAGCCGGCCCGGCCCGGACCCCUUUUGGGAGGUAAAUAAAAAAAAGGAAAAAAAGAAAGAAAAGGAAAAAAUAUAUAAGCCCAGAACGCCUCAAAUGUUAUUUUCGGGCAUCUAGAACACAAAAAUUUUACGGGGCCAUGCCCCCAGACCCCCUAGGACAGUGUUGUCUUGAUCGGCCAAACUUUAGGCCCCUUACGGCACCCCCUUUUGGACAUCUCUGUAUCCGCCCCUGUAAACUCAGAUUUUUCAUAAUUUAAACUAAUACUGUAUAAAUCCUAAGUUUUCUGUCAGAAAUUCAAGGUUAAAGCGCUGUCCACACUAUAAAAUUGUCUUUGGCAAACUACUCUUUUAUGGCCAUAUAUAGUCAUGGUUUGGCUAUGUGUAUCGUCACAUUACAAACUAACACAAUGAAAGAAGAUUGUGUUUGUCAAAUCAAGAAAGCACGUCAAAAUACGUGCUGUUGUUAACGACUUUUUGAGUGGUAAAGAAUUCAAAAUUACUUGACAACGAAUACGCGCUGAUUUUGACGCGCUACUCUGAUUUCACAAACUAACAGAGUCUACUUUGAUUGUGUUAGUUCGUGAUGUGAGCGACGAUAUGGUCAUAAUAUGAUGUCACCAUGACCAUAUUUGGGCAUAUUACAGAUUUUUGUCAAAUAAAAUUUGGUAGUUUAAACUUGGCUGAAAGCAAAUGCGAUAAGGAAUGAAAUUAAUUUACUCGCUGAGGAAUAUUUUUCCUCAUAAUUUUUAAGUUCAAAGCUUCUAAAUUUAGUGAACUAUGCAAAUUAAGGAAUUGAUAUUUUGGUUUUAAUUUUCAACUUUAUAUUGAUUUAUGUGGUAGAAUGUAAUAGGGUUUUACUACCUACUGUAUAUAGAUUCUGUUUUUAUUACGUUUUAAUUUAAGUGUAAAAUUGCAGCUGCUAUAUAUUACACUACAGGGUAUAAAGGAAAUGGGUGUCAACUUCAUGGACAUGCUUGUGCUAUAGGAAGUCUACAUUAAGAAUGCAUUUCAAGGAUUUUGCUUUAUAGGCAGUGUGUCUCCAGUGAGUCUUAUGUGUCCUGUCAGGCAGGCAAAGAUCCUCCCAUUUAGACAUGGUAUAUUAUUGGAAAAGUAUUUCCUUUUUUAAAAAUAAUUUUAAAAUAUUAUGAGCAUAAUUACAUGUCUCAGAACAGAUUAAAAAUAGCUCAGAGCUGCAGUUUCCAUAAAUGUGAGAGUAUAUAGCUCCUACCUAUUCCCCCCUCCCCCACAUUCCAGAUUUUUGAUACGGAAAGUUUUUGUUUUUUUGGAUGUGCCGCUGAGCCCCUCCUCAUCCCACCCUUUUCUAAAAUUUCCCCAGAAUUAAUCCUUAUUCCUACUUAUGGAUAUGCAACUGAACCCACACUUGCAUCAAUUCUUUCCUGUAUAUGCCAAUAAAUUCAGCCUUGUCCACCUGAAAGUAGACUGGGUUCCAGUUCUUAAAUUGUGUCUUAAUUAGUGAAAACUAUUAAAAAUAAAUCGAUUUUGGCACCUAUGGCGUUCCAUAUUACUUAUUUGCAUGGCGUUCCAUACUAAUUCCCAUCCAAAUUCUAACAGACGCUGGUGGCGCUCUCCGAAAUUAUCUAACAUUAUGAAAAGUCAAUACUGUAUUUAAAAUUAGGGACUUGUGGCAAGUCUAACUGGAACGCUUCAAUAUUCCACUGUCAUCAGUCCCUCUAGCUGAUGAAUUGAUCCAUCUUUCCUUUCAAGAUAUCUUAAACUUACUAUUUCCAAGUCAGUAAAUCGAACUAUUAUGUCUCCCCUUCCUGUAAUUCCAUUCGUUGGUACUUCCCCCAGCCUAUGCCGCAGAAUUUUCUUGCUGAAUGUGGCAGUCCAACUUCGGCUAUGGCUAAAAUACUGUAAAAAUGCUUUUUGAAACCAAUGUUCCCUGGUAGAUUGAUUGGUUUCUUCCCCGACAAAAGGUCCAGGGUUCUCCAACGGGUCCACCCCCGCUCCCCCCUCCCCCAGACCUAUGUUGGCACUGCCACUGACUGCAUCUGUCGUAAAAUGCAAUUGACUAAAGUGAUGUCUUCCUCAUAUAGCAAAGAAUAUAUUUACCAACCACUAUUUUGAAUAAAUGCAAUUAUUUUGUACU